AUGGCACAAGCAUACGCAUACACCCUCUAUCGAGGCACAUUCAUUCAAACGCCUCGUCUGCCAGACUCUACCCCUCGCCCCAGGACAGAGCUCGUGCGCAAUCGCGGUGCGCUAUGGGUGUCUUCAGCAGAUGGUCGAAUCAAAGGCUUUGACUGGCAGGCUCGCGAUGAUGCCUCUUUCAAGGAACUAAUGACUCGCCACGGAUGGGUUGACGUGGAUGCCUCCGAAACUAAUGGCUAUGAUGGUAACGAGAUCAAGGUGAAGAUUGUGCUUGCCAGCGAGGAAAGGAAUGAAUUCUUCUUCCCAGGUUUUAUCGAAGACACACAUAUCCAUGCUCCACAAUUCCCAAAUGUCGGCCUAUUCGGCUCCUCGACUUUGCUUGAUUGGCUGGAGACUUAUACGUUUCCCGUUGAGUCGGGCUUUGGCGCCCAGGCUGACCAGCCUAACGGGACGGACAAGCUUCCAAAGGAUGCACCCCCGUCUGCUCUGCGGAUCUACGACCAAGUCGUCGCACGCACCCUGUCGCACGGAACGACGUGUGCAUCGUACUUUGCAACGGUCCAUGUCCCAGCUACGAAUGCACUCGCCGCCCUGUGCCACUCGCGCGGUCAGCGCGCCUUCAUUGGAAGAGUAUGCAUGGAUAGCCCCGACUUCUGUCCGUCGUAUUAUAAGGACCUAUCAGCCGAUGACUCGGUGAGCGCGACAAGAUCGACGAUUGAGUAUAUCCACACCCUCGAUCCAAAGGGUACUCUGGUCAAGCCAAUCGUUACUCCACGCUUCGCGCCGACUUGCACACGGCCUGCACUGGAAGGACUCGGGAAGUUGGCGGCGGAGUUCAGCCCACCACUACACAUUCAGACCCAUAUCUCCGAGAAUAUGAACGAGGUCGCGCUCGUGAAGGAGCUAUUCCCUGAAUCGGAGAGCUAUGCAGAUGUCUAUGACAGGUAUAACCUUCUCACCAAGCGGACGAUCCUGGCACAUGCCGUGCAUCUCACCCCCGAAGAGCGCAGCUUGGUCCGUCAGCGGGACGCGAAGAUAUCGCAUUGUCCGGCCUCGAACUCAGCUCUUGGAUCGGGAAUUGCUCCCGUUCGCGCCUUCCUCGAUGAAGGGAUUACCGUUGGUUUGGGCACGGACGUGAGUGGUGGCUAUAGUCCUAGUAUCCUCGAAGCUGCGCGCCAAGCUUGUCUUGUGUCGCGAUUACUCGGUCAUACUACUUCGUUCUGCAAGACGGAAGGCAAGCAUGCACACGAGAAUGGCCACGCUGAUAAGCCCACCAUCGGCCGUGAGAAAUUGAGCAUCGAAGAGAGUUUAUACCUCGCGACUCGCGGCGGCGCCGCAGUUGUGGAUAUGGCAGAUGAUCUUGGCGGAUUCGACGAGGGGAUGAUCUGGGAUGCACAGCUCAUCGAGCUCGGUGGCGUCCCUGAUCUGAGCAAGAAUCCUCUUGAAACAGCAUCAAAUGGGGCUUCCAGUCUAGUAAAGGCCGGUUCUGUCGGUAACGUCGAUCUCUUUGGAACGGAGACGUGGGAGGAGAAGAUCCACAAGUGGGUGUGGAGUGGUGAUGAUCGGAACGUCAAGGCUGUUUGGGUUGCUGGACGGCUGGCCCAUUCGAGGUCCUAG